AUGUCUUUGUGUUUAUCAUCUCUAUGUCGACAGCAAAUCAUUCGAUGUCGAACGUAUUCGUCUUGUCAUUUACGAACAGUUUUGUCAUAUCAACGAAGGUUUUUGUCUGAUUCGAAUGUCCCUCAAAAUCUUCCGCUAAUGGAUCGAAAACCUCAAGAACUUGCUAAACGUAUUAAAAAUCUUUUAAUUAACGUUCAAACCGAUAUGACAUUGUUAUCAGUCGCGGAUAAGAAACUUCUUCACGAGGCACAAACGAAUAUCGAUUCGAUAUUUUUACUUGUCGUAGUCGGAGAAUUUAAUUCUGGUAAAUCACAAUUUAUAAACACAUUACUCGAUGAAAAAGACGAUGUAUGUCCAACUGGUGUUUUACCAACGACGGAUGUUAUUCAUAUACUUAAAUAUGGAGCAAAACGUGAAGAUGUGAUCGAAUCUGACCAUGUCAAAUCGAUCUAUCUACCGAAUCAAUGGUUACGGCAAACGAAUAUCGUUGAUACACCCGGCACGAAUGCAAUUCUUCAAACACAUCAGCAAAUUACAGAACAUUUCAUUCCCCGUUCGGACUAUAUUUUGUUUGUAACAAGUGUGGAUCGGCCUUUUUCGGAAAGCGAACGUUUGUUUCUUGUUCGAAUCCAUGAGUGGCGAAAGAAAGUUUUGAUUAUUCUCAACAAAAUCGAUCAGAUUCAACAAACGGCGGAUAAAGAGAAAAUUGUGAAUUACGUUCAAACAAACGCUCGUCAAGUUCUCGAUGAUACAACGGUGCCAAUCUUUCCUAUAAGUGCAUUGAAACGAACGGGAAUGAAUGAGUUAACAAGUUACCUACGCACGGAAUUGAAUGAUACAGCCAAACUUCAAUUAAAACUUGAAAAUCCACUCGGUGUAGCUGAGAGAAUAUUUGACAAAUAUUUAACUAUGGUUCACGAAAGAAAACAAAUUUUAAUUGAAGACGAACAAGUUGUUUUCGUUUUGUACAAUGAUAUUGAUGAAUAUCGUCGACAGAUGUUCGAUGAUUUUAAAUUUCAAUUAAACAAAAUCGAUAAUAUCUUUUUUCGAAUGAUUGACAACAUGGAAGAAUUUCUCUACGAGUACAUUCAAAUUUCACGUUUGAUUCCAACGUUAUUCAGUACGAGUAGUUCAUCCGAACUAAAAAUUCAGUUUAAUAAUCGUGUUAAUAAAAACAUCGAACAAGAUAUCAAUCAAUGUAUCAGUCAUCUAUGCGAUUGGCUUUUGGAAAGAUCAAAUCGAACGGUUCAUCAACUGAAUAAACAUCUGAAUACAAGUUCGAUUAAUUCACGAAAGCAGCAACAUACAAGUAGUCACGGUACAUCCGGUGUUGACGCAGAUUUUUCCAUAUCGCGACAACAGAUUCUCAAUCAAUUGCAAGCACAAUGUCAAAAUAUUCUAUACAAACAAAAAACGGCAACCGGUGCACAAGCUGAUGAUCUUUCCGCAUCGAUUCGUUCGACUAUGUUGGGCACUGCUGCUAUUGAAGUUGGAGCUGUUGGACUUGGCGCUCUAGCGACAUUAGCUUCAUUUGACUGGACUGGCCUUCUGGGAGCAAGUCUAAUCGGCAUACUUGGCUUAUAUUUAAUACCUAUGCGUCGUUUGACUAUAAAACAAGAAAUGAAGGAUCGAAUCGAUAAGACACGAUUAGAACUAACUGAACAGUUAAACAAACAUUUUACGCAUGAAUUAGAUACGAAUGAGCGUAAAAUGCGUGAAUUGAUAAUGCCCUAUUCUCGAUUCGUACAAGACGAGCAGGAAAAGUUGAAGAAGACAAUUGAACAAAUAGAAACCAUUCGUAAACAAAUAAAACAAUUGAAAUUAGAUAUUCAAACAUCUCUAUCCAGAAAAACUUAA